GGCACAAGAGACCAACGGUCUGGAUUACCGGAUCAUAGCCCCAUCUCAUCAGACAGUUAUUCCGCUUGCGUGGGAGGAAACGGGUGAUAGAUAUCGCAUUUCCGUUGGUGUGGCUCCCGACCAAACACGACGCACCGCAUUUUAAACACUUCGGAUCAGUUCCUGCUCUGCUCUCACAAGCAACGAAUAGAGAAGGAAGGAGAGCGCGCGCUUCUGUCAGCCGUCCAUCAUCAUCAUCAUCACCACCACCUAUGGAGCUCUUGCGGGCCACAUCAACUAUCUCUUGGACUGCCAACCUCGCAUCCCCAUUUCUCCACAUCAUUCCCCAACCACCCACGCCCGCAUUAUAUGAGGGUAAGAGAUUCAGGGUCUUGUGCCUCGGCAAUGACAACAAUGGAAACGUCUCUGAUAAAUCCCCCAAGAAAAAUCAGAUGGCUAUAUCAAUAACAGGGGCAACAGGUUUUAUAGGUAGAAGAUUGGUCCAGAGGCUUCUUGCAGAUAAUCAUAGUGUUCGUGUGUUGACACGUUCUAGUUCAAAAGCACAGCUAAUUUUUCCUGUAAAGGAAUUUCCCAGAAUUACAAUUGCAGAGGAACCAGAGUGGAAAAACUGUAUUCAAGGUUCAGAUGCUGUUGUGAAUUUGGCUGGGAUGCCUAUAAGUACAAGAUGGUCAUCUGAGAUCAAGAAAGAGAUCAAGCAAAGCAGGAUCAAGACCACCUCGAAGGUAGUAGAUCUAAUAAACAACUCAAGAGAUGAUGUUCGGCCUAGAGUUUUGGUCAGUGCAACAGCCAUUGGUUAUUAUGGCACAAGUGAUACUCAGGUAUUUGAUGAACGAAGUCCUUCAGGAAAUGACUACUUAUCAGAGGUCUGUAGAGAAUGGGAGGCAAAGGCACUAGAAGUAAAUAAGGAAGUCAGGUUGGUGCUUAUUCGUAUCGGUGUUGUUCUUGGAAAAGAUGGUGGUGCUUUAGCCAAAAUGAUUCCUCUGUUCAUGAUGUUUGCUGGUGGACCUUUGGGGACUGGAAAACAGUGGUUUUCCUGGAUUCAUUUGGAUGACCUCGUGAACCUCAUUUAUGAGGCUUUAUCAAACCCAUCUUAUAAAGGUAUCAUCAAUGGGACUGCACCAAACCCAGUCAGAUUGACAGAGAUGUGCGAGCAGUUGGGAGAGGUCAUGGGCCGCCCCUCGUGGCUGCCUGUACCGGACUUCGCACUCAAGGCAGUCCUUGGUGAAGGUGCCACCAUUGUUUUGGACGGGCAAAAGGUGCUUCCUGUGAAAGCCAAAGAAUUGGGUUUCUCAUUCAGAUACCCCUAUGUCAAAGAUGCACUGAGGGCCAUCAUGUCAUCAAAGAAGCAAGGUUUGUCCUUGGGAAAAUGAGCAUGUAUUAUUCUUUAUUCUUUUACUAGAAGUGUCCAUGCUUUCUGCCAAGUUAGAGAAUGAUACAUUGUACAGUGAAAAUCAGAUGCAUUUUUCCAAUGUUCGAAGUUCUAUUCAGCCUGUUGUUGACAGAUUUAUGGCCUUGAUUUGGUCCAGCAUUGCUUAUAGAAUUACUGUUAGAAGAGGUAACUA